UGCACCACGUGCACAAUUCUGCAGUUGCAGGGUGAUUAACAAUUGCCAGAACCAUAGUCGCGUGGCAACCAAGAACCCGAUUUACCCAGCUUUACGUUAACUCGCCGUCUUUUAGACCCGAGUUCUUUUUUUUACCUGGUUUGCGUAUAUCAAUAAGACUUUUACUUUUUAAAAUCGGCUUGUCUAUCGAUCACGGAGUGUUCUCAUAUUAGGAUUUGUUAAGUGUAAUAAUUUGUUAUCAUGGAAGUUUGUGAAAGACCCAGAACUACAGAGUCCAUUUAUGCUCCGUCCCCAGAUCUCGACCCAAUUAUAGAAAGAAUGUCGAGAUCUCGCGAAGGCGAGAGAAUGACCUUUUGGUCAAGAUACGAUCCAAUCAGACAGGUGAAAGGGAACUGUACUGACCACUGGGCCAAAUACAGACAACAGACAGCGCAACGCGCUCAACAAAGGGCCAGGGUUGUUAGUUACGAACAGGGUAGAAACAUUCCUUAUAAAGAGAAAACUUUUGAUGAAUUGGUUGUAGAUGGUCUUAGAGGGUCCAUGCCCGGUGCGUAUUCCAGUAGCCGACCCAAGAGCACGUAUAACAAAGCCUUUUACAGGAAUGUGUUCUCAGAUCGAGCAAAGGACGGCUUCCGGUAUUGGCUGAUAGAACGUCCUAAACCAACAAGUUUCGGAAAAUACGGAAUGGGUUCUUAUAAAACAGUUCUAGGGAUUGGAAACGCCCCAAGGACGUGAUUUGGCCGAUACAGUGUUGGUGCCGCUCAUUCAGUGUUAGGACUAUGUAAUGCUCCACGAACUUAAUUUAUAUUAUUUAUUUAUUAUUUUUAUAUAGUUAUGUUUAUUUUAUUUUUCAAAAUGCACUAUUGGUAUAUAAAUAUUAGUUUUCAAGGAAGCAGACAUCGUUUUAUAUUGUUAAAAAUUGUUGAAAAAGCAUAAUUAUUUAAGCGGGGUGUGAUUCAUUAUAAGUAGAUCUUGCACUUUGUCAGCCAUUUUGUAUUUUGGUGUUAUUGUAAAUACUAGUAAACAAGCCCUUUAGCGGCAGCUUGCCAUGAUAAAAAAAAAGGUUAAAACUUGGUUUUAAAAAAACAAAAAUUAAUGUUUUUUCUUGAAUUGGGGGUAAAAGUAAAUUCAGUAUUUGUUUUUGUAAUUUAUUAUGUGUAUACUGUGAUGCCUUCUCGUUCGAUUUAUCCUUUGGGGCGACAUUCUUACCACCACAGUAUUAGUUUGUAUAUAUCUCUCUCUUUAGAUUAAUUAAUGAUUUUAAUAAUUAUAUAAUAUACACAUAUGUAAGUAAUUUAGAUAAUUUCUACGAUGUGUUAGAUUUACACCUAAUCAUUCUUGUAUGUAAAUCAUAAUUAAUGCAAUUUUUCAAUAAAGGAAUUUAAAGUUA